AUGAAAUCUGCAAGACCGAUUUCUACAACAGCGUCAAAGAGACUGUCCACUUCGCUGGGAAACUCAUACAAGGCAUUUCCAGGCUCGGCUUCGUCUUUUGGUUCUCCCAGAAGUCAAUCUGGCAGCCAUUCUGAUGUCUUCAAGGUGAAUGGAAACCAGAUUGCAGUCGACCAUUUAUUCUCUAUUGCCUACUUGCAGUUGAUAUCGAUUAAAAAGAACUGA